AUGAAGAGCAAGCUUUGCCAAGAUGUUUGCAAGAACUAUAUGAACGCAACAUCUAGCGAACAUGAACGUAAGAUUGUUCGGAAUGCUACCGCUCACUUAAGAGCAAACAUGAAGCAAGAUAAUCCCGACGAUUUACCUUAUCAAGUGGCAUCAUUAAUUUUUCUCUCUUUAAAUGGAGCAAAUGCUGACUUUGCUCAAAUAUAUAUUAUUAAUCUCGUUUCUUCUAACAGAUUUAGCUAUAAAUUGAUUGGCUACAUGGCUGCUCAAUUGCUUAUAGACCAAUUUCAAGAUUUAGUCGUCUUGAUGACCCAAUCAAUAUUGAAAGAUCUCGAAAGUCGUGACAAAAACGUCAUAAACAUUGUUUUGCAUCUAAUUGCAAAUAUUGGAAGUCCAGAUUUAUGUAAAAGCUGUGCAAAACAAGUCAAAAAUCUCUUAAAUUAUAAUCAUCCACGCAUUAAAAAGGCUGCUGGAGCUGCAGUAUUGCAUAUUGUUAAGACAUGUCCAGAUUUGGCUUCAGAAUUUACAAUGCCACUGUUAUCGAUGUUCAAUUUGAAUGAUCAUAACAUGCUCAUGAUAGGAAGCAAGCUUGCGUAUGAAAUAUAUCCACACAUUCCUGAGAAUGAGGAUUAUUGGUUGAAUAUCACUUACCAAGUUCUCAGAUGUGCAACAACAUUGUUGAAAACGAAUAAUACAUCGAGCCCAUAUCAUAUUGCCGGCCUAGAAAAUCCAUUUUUACAGGCAUCUUUACUCAAAUGUCUUGAAAGGAUUGCAAAGCCAUCGAUUGAAUUGGACACAUAUCUCGUUGAUGUUAUACAGUCUGUUGAACUCAAGAGGGCUGUUGGAAGAUCUCUUGUCGUUCAAGCAACAGAAGUUAUUCAAAAAGUUGCCCAAAAAGAAUCACUCAGAGCAUUGGCAAUAAACACAGUUGCGAAGAUGCUCUACCUUGAAUAUCCAACUAUCAUUUAUACAGCUCUUUCCGUGUUCUGUAAGAUACUUUACAGAGGAAAUGAAAUCAUCAACAGAAAUUCAAGCUACACUCAAGCUCUUUCACGCCACAGAGCAAAGAUCAUCAGCUGCUUAGAUCAUCGUGAUCCAUUUAUCAGAAGAAGAGCUCUUGAAGUUAUAACUGCAUUAGUCAACGGCGAAAAUAUCGAAUCGCUGUUCCCAGAGAUCAUGAAAUACGUACAAUUCGCAGAUUCAGACUUCAAAUCUUCAAUCAUUUUCAAAAUAUUUUAUCUUGUUCAGAAUUUCGCUCCAUCUCUUCAUUGGAACAUCGACGCUGUACUUGAGAUCCUUCAUAGUUGCGGAAACUACGUUUCAAAUGAAAUUAUAAGCAAGUUUACGGAAAAAAUCGGCAAAAAUCAGAGACUCCAGGAAUAUGCUCUUCCUUUGUUGGAACAGUUGCUCCAAGAUUAUCCAGAGAACCAAGCAAUCGUUCAGGUCGCCUCGUACUUGAUCGGAGAGUUCAGUUACAAUUUCAAUGAAAAUGUUCUUCCUACAAUGGUAGCAAUCGCAAAGAUGCCGCAGACAUCCCAUGAAACAAUCAAUUAUAUACUUAUUGCUAUUGCCAAAUACUCUUAUCGCUUCCAAAUUGUUGAUGAAUCAGUUUUUAAUUUCUUCGAAAGUUUCACAAAGUCUGACAACAUUGAAAUCCAGCAGAGAACUGGAGAAUUGAUCAGAAUCCUCAAGAAUCCAGCUGCUAGUGACGAAUUACUCGUUUCUAUGGUUUAUGAUGAAGAAAAAGACCAAGCGAUCACUCCUUACGCAUCAGAUCUCUCUGUUGUUCUUGAGCUGAACAAGAUCAAAUCAGCGCAGAGUACUUCUUCUGUUUUGAUCUCGACUCAAGAUUCAAUUAAACAAUUACUCGAAACUCCUGUUAUAACUCCUCCACCAAGGUCAACAGAGGUUCUCCAGACAAAUGAUCUUGCGAUUUACUUUGAAGUUUCAAAGAAUCCUGUUAAUAGACAACAAUUUUGCAUAAGAUCUUCAAUUUUCAAUAAAACAAGCAAGCAACUAACUAAUUUCAGGAUCAAAUACGGUGUUCCUACUGGAUGGACUUCCUAUUGCAAAGAUAAUGAAAUUAAGAAUUUGCAUCCUUCUCCAGUUCCACUACAGAACCUCGUAAUGAUAGAGAGUAAGACAAAUACUCCGUUGAUCAUGAAGGUUUUGCUUAGUUACAGCAUAAACGGAGAAAAUAUUAAUUCAAUUGAAAAUUUGAAGAAUUUCAAUCACCUUUUGUAA